AUGGCUGCUCUGUACCUGUGGAAAGUCAGCAAUAAAAAUGUAAGUGUCGACUGAGGAUAUACUGUAUGCUAUAAUUAUUACCUGCUGUGCCCCUUUCAAUGACAGAUAUAUAAAAGUGAAGGCAAGGGAGCUUCUGAAUCCAAAGUAGAUAAUAAAAAAAACUCAGAUCGUAAAGCUGUCUUACUUUAGGCAUGCAGGUAUUUUCAUGAGAUGUCACUGGAGAUUUUUAUGUUCAUAACUGAAAUGCAGCUGAUACAGUAUCUAUAAGUGAAUUACAGACUAUGAAAGCGCAUCUUUUAUUACGCCUGCAAUGCAUAUAAACUAUUGUUUUAAUGUUGCUUCAUUGCAUCAUGAAUAGAGACUGCAAAGUAGAUUUGCAUACUAUAUAGAGCUCACCUGUACGGUAAACAGUACUAUCAAAGUCUGCAAAGCCCCUCAUGUCUUGGAGGAUUUCUCCAAGAAAAGCAACAAAGACAGUAAGAAAACAGAAGAAGCAACGUGACGCUUUUUUUCCUGUUCGUCACUUUUACAUUGUUUGCUAAAGUGAGAUUUACAUAACUUAACUAAUCUGUCAUGUUAACGUCCCACUUUUCUGCUAGGUUUAUAACGUUCGUUAUAGUAUGAACAUCAAUGGCGAGGUGAGGGAGGGAUCCGUGGAAAUCGAUUCUGACAACAACCUGGAGCGAUUUAAAACUGGGGUUGGAGCAGAGGAAGCAGUGGAGAUUCAUGACUUUCAAAUUGUAAGUGAGUUUGUCCUUCUUCUUCUUCUUCUUCUCCUUCUUUUUUCCUGGGGUAGUUCAGCAGAGACUCUACUGUGUGCUUAGCAAAAGUAGCAAAGCCGUGAGUGUAAACAUGGCGUUGCUGUGAUUUUUUUUUUUUUUUCUCGCAGGGAAUAACCGGAAUCCGCUUCUUUGGAGGAGACAAGUGCUAUAUAAAAUCCCAAAUCAAAGCCAGCCUUCCACACAUGGGAGCUGACAACAAAGAGGCGCUGAUGUUUGACCUGGUAUAUAUACACACUACUCAAAGCAAAUUGAAAAGGGGAAAAAAAAUAUUCAGUUUGCUUUUAACACUGUCAUUUCUUUUUCUAGCUGCAGCGUUUCAAGGACAUUAUUUUAUUUUUUUCCACAGACAGAUGAAAUCAUGCCAGUGAGGUUUGAUGAGGAGUUCCUUGUAUGGGUUGCUGGUGAGCAGCCGCUAAAGGACACCAGCUUUCUGAGCAACAAAAUCCUGGCCCUUUGUGGGGAACUUCCAAUCUACUGGCUCCAACCCAUCUAUCCUAAAGGUUCCUUUGCCUUUUUCUUUGCCUUCCUGUCUUGAUUCAUUCUGUCUAUGACUCUAUGGAGCCUUAAAAACAAGCCUGUUAUCACAGAGCAUUCAAUAUUUUGUCAGUUCCUCCAAAGUUCAUCCUCAUUUUGGCUGUGGGUGCUCGUCUUAUCUGCUGACACGCUUUUUAAACAUCUAAACUUGUCUGCAAACUUGGUGAAACAUUUGAACAUCUUGAACACAAACUACAUUUAAAGCCGACACCACAAAAAAACCUCCGCUCUUGUAUCAAAAAAGAAUGAUGUUAAAAUAUGCAAGACUGCUUGAAAAUCACGGCUGCUAAUUGAAUUAUUCAGGACAUCCGAGACAGCCCCAGCUAUGUAGGAUUGAGCUCUGAGGACAUGUAUGGCAUCUUGUGGAUGUUGACCCAAUACUCCUGCCUCCUGUGGCCCUGCUGUAACAGAUGGGGAGAGGAGAAAGAGAGACACACAGCGAGCCAAGCGGCAGUUUAGCAUGGAGGAGUCAGAUGCAGCUGCUGAGGAGAGGGACCCUGUGAGUCACGCAGAGGAUGACAUCUCCAGAGUGGUGGAGGAGCAGGAAGAAGAGGAGGGGGCGCAGUCAACCGCAGGGUCGGGGUUCAAUCCCGAAAACCCCUACCACGUGGGUAACCACUUCAUCAACACUGUUAAUGACGAACUAAACUCCCAAACUCCAAAAAAACAAAACUGGUGAUUAACUCUCGAGAAGCGGGUGCUGAGCCCUGCAGCUCGCCUUAAAGGAACAUGAUGAAUUCAAGUUUCUAUGUUUUGUCAACACUUUUACAGAUGACUUCUUAGCAGAGUCUUAAGAUGGCAGCAGUGCUAAAAGCUCACAGAAAUAGAUGGCUGGGAAAAGUGCUAACCUGGAUGCUAUUCUGCUAACACCGCAGAGUAGGUGCCAUAUUAGCGGCUAUAAUGACAGGUCACUGGGGUAACAGCUGCCAUUUCAGGCUGAUGAACUUACAAACUGAAGCGCAAAAUUCCCACUGCUUAUAAAAAUUCAUACCGCCGAAGAGAGAGAGAGAGAGAGCUGUAGUCACAUGUUUGGGGGGGAUGAGAAGUUUUUGAAAACAUUUGAAUUGCAAAUGAGCAUGAAUUAAGAAGAAGAUUGCCUUUUUUUAAAAUGAACACUGCUUCAAAAACUUGCAGCGCAGCAGCAGCAGUAGCGGUGGGGCCAGGGACGAAAGCGCCGCCGUGACCUUUGACACCAUGCUGGACCACCAGGGGAUCUGCUGCUCAGAAUGCCAACGCAGCUACACUCACUGUCAGAGAGUCUGCGAGCCUCUGCGUGGCUACUGGCCCUGGCCGUACAACUACAGAGGAUGCCAGGUGGCCUGCCGAGUCAUUAUGCCCUGUCGCUGGUGGGUCGCACGCAUAUUAGGUAUUGUGUGA